AUGGCAACAACUAAAGGCAAAAAUAGCAGGCUGGCAAUUGAGAUGGAGUCUAUGUCGAGAGACCCACCACCAGGAUGCAGCGCAAGCCCAAUAAGCCCCAACGAACUAGACAAGUGGAUUGCAGUUAUAACAGGGCCCCCAGGAUCGGUCUAUGAGGAUGGGAUAUUUGAACUUCUGAUUGUCUUUCCUCCAUUUUAUCCAUUCAGCCCGCCAAAGGUGACGUUCAAGACACGGAUAUUCCAUUGCAACAUAUUUGAAAAGAAUAUCUGCCUAGAUAUCUUAAAGGACCAGUGGAGCCCAGCACUAACGAUAGAUAAGAUCCUCUUGUCCAUAGUUUCCCUGCUCCAGGAUCCCAAUCCCGACGAUCCUCUGAACAAGGAGGCAGCCGAUCUGUACCGAAACAAUAGGAUGGAGUACAAUAGGAAAGCAAAGGAAUGGGUGCGGCUUCAUGCCUCGAAACAUAAGUCUGAGGAAUAA